GUUUUUAGAUGUAAUAGCCACCUUACGCCAGCAGAUGGCAGAGGGUAGCGCCGCAGCUAGAGAAAGGGUUAACGACAGCGGUAGGAGAAGCAGAGAAUGAAACGGAGCAAACCAGACCACGCGGAGUUUAUUAGCAAGAGAAACGAGUGAACUUAAGGACUCUUCUGAACAAACUGUAUUUUACAAAGAGUUACAAGGAGUAACUGGUCGAAGUUUUGUCAAGGAUUGUCAAGGAUUUAGAGGUUUUGUUUUCCUAUUCUCCGGUUGUUUUUUUGUUUACCCUGACAAACUGAGGGGAAGAAAGGGAGAAAGAAGCAGAGUUUAUUGUGCAACCCGCCGAUGGACGGACAUACAGACGGACAAAGGACGUGCCACAGACAAAGAGUACAUCGCAGGUGUGCUGAGGAUCGCGUCGCCGAUGAGGAGGACGACUUCACUCCAUGUCCUUCAAUUCAUCGUACAGAUAAGCACUGAACAAUCAUCACACCACAGCCAAAGGGAAAAAAAAAACACACUACCCGGGUAGAUGGACUUUGGUUUCGAUUUAUGUAGUUUAUUUUGUCAGAGCUCUGAUUUUAUUUUGUUUCUUGUUUAAUUUUCUCUACAAACUGAAGUGAUUGAGAGGUCAGGGAAAAGUUGAGUUUCCCAACUUAAAGGACAGUAUAAGGGAAAGGACAAUUUAACUCUGAAUCCUAACAACUGAAUCCUACUGGACUAAGGAAGGUUUUGUAUUCACUUGAAGUGUGGUUAUCAUAAAAUUUCACAAAAGGUAUGAAACUGCAUAAGGUUAAGUGUUAUUGUUAAAUAAAGGCCGGCUAUAUGUUCAAACAAGCGUUCAAAUAUUUUCCUCUACCCCUCCUUGAAAAGUACCUAGGUUAAGUGGUCGUGGCGCUUCCUACAGUGUACAAAGGAAGUGCUACACUUAUAAAAGUGAUUUCCCCGCACCUUUUGAAAAGAAUCCACAUCCUCCAUUUUAACAUAAUUAGUGACAUUCUACCAACACACCUGCUCUAACUGAACCCUUGUCUUCCUGUGAUCUUGUUCCCAAAACUUUUAAAGCCAAAUUUAACUAAAUCGAUGCCCUCAAAACUAAACAGCAGCUUUGCUUUGUCAGUCACUACACUAGUGUUAACACAUUUCUCAUAUUUAGCAGCACUUUUCAUAUAGGAAAAUUCAGAAAUAGCAAUUUUUCACAGAAAACAGUCAAAUCAGUAUCACCCAAACUGGGUUUGAACCAGACCAUUAAAAGUUCUGUUAUUUGACAAACUUUAAAUGCAGCAAUGUAUUCUAUGCUGUACUGAAAAUGUUUUCAAAUUCCUCUGUAAGGUCACUUAAUGAAAUUGGUGCAAGAAACUAUUGAUAAAAUUUUUGUACCCCUGUGCUCGCCGUCGGCUCAAACGGCAAGUAUUGUCCCAUCACAGGUGGACAUUUUUAUAGCACUGAGUCUGAAAUCAAGACACUAUGGAGUGUCAUUUCCAUUUUAACUUGUCGUUGAUCUUUACAACUAUUUACCAAAAGAAAUAAACAGGCCUUCUUCAUGGCAUGAUCUACAUCUAUCAAAACUUGCAAUUUUCAGCAUCUAGGCUUCCUGUUCCUUCUGUGGAUCCUGUGGUUUGGAGGGUGGACCUACUUAGAUCACGUUUAUCCUCGUACAUCCCACAGAUGCUCAAUAAGAUUUGGAUCUGGGGAGUGUGGAACCUGGGUGAACAGCUUAGCUCUGUCUUGUUCCCUGCCACUCCUGAGCAGUUUUUCUGGUGUAUCGAGGUGCAUUGUCCUGCUGAGGGUGGCAACUGGCAUCCAGGAUUGCUUUUGGAGGUUGGAAAGAUGGGAGGUUGGUUGACCUGCAAUGUUUAUUUGGGUGGUACAUCCAUCCAUCCAUCCAUCCAUCCAUCCAUCCAUCCAUCCAUCCAUCCAUCCAUCCAUCCAUCCAUCCAUCAAUCAGUCAGUCAAAGUAUAUUUGUAUAGCCCUUUACAACAGGCCAAAGGGUAACCAAAGUGCUUCACAGUAAAGACCAAGAAAAUAACUUAAAAAGAUGUCAAACAUCCACAUGAAUAUCAGGACUUGGAUUUCCCAGCAGAACGUUGCAUUAUAACAAGAUGAUCAGUGGUUUUUACUUCAUCUGUCAGUGGUCAUAAUCUUGUGGUUGAUUGUUCAUAUUUGAUCUCAUACGCUGUCCAGAAAGAAAUGGAUGAAAAAUGAAAGCAGAAUUACUACAGUAUAGAAAUAUUGUAACAAGUAAAAUGAAAGCAUUCAAAAUUUGACUUCAUCACUAUGUAUUUAAUGUGACAAAAAUGAAAGUGCUCAUUAUUUAGAAGGGAUAGUUUCAGAAGAAUGUGUCAUAUGACUGCAUUAUGAUUGUAGUGUGCUAUUUUGAAUAUACUACUGGGUAGAUUGUGAAUUCAUUCCUUGGAAUACUUUACAUGUUAUCUUAGUCUUUAUAACAAUACAGAGAUAUGAAAACAUUUGCCUCUGAUAUGCUGUCACAUAUCCAACACAUUUCACUUGUAUUCACACUCCAUGGUGCUAAUUGUAGCAUUAUGUGUGCCCUUAGCAUUUACUGUUUCAUUUAGAAGUUGAAGAGAAUUUGUGAGAAAUGUCACCCCAUAUACGUUCAACACCUUCCAGUCCCUCCACUGACUAAACUUGCAAUUUUCAGCACCUCGACUUCUUGUUCUAUCUGUGGGUCCUGUGGGUUGCAGGGUGGGACCUACCUAGAUCAGGUUUAUCCUGGUACAUCCCACAGAUGCUGAUUAAGAUUUGGAUCUGGGGAGUGUAGAACCCGGGUGAACACCUUAGCUCGGCUGUGUUCUCUGGGCCACUCCUGAGCAGUUUUUCUGGUGUGUAGGGGUGCAUUGUCCUGCUGAGGGUGGAAACUGGUAUCAAGGACUACUGUUGCCAUGGGGGGUUGGGGGGGUUGGUUGACCUGCAAUGUUUAGGUGGGUGGUACAUAUCAGGACAUGAAUGUCAGGACUCAAGGUUUCUCAACAGAGCAUUGCAAUAUAACAAGAUUAUCGAUGUUAUUGAUUUUAUUCACUUCACGUGUCAGUGGUCAUAAUGUUGCGGUUGAUCGUUUAAGUUUGAUCUCAUACUGUGUCUUGCGAGAAAUUAAUGAAAAACAAAAGCAGAAUUACAACAGUACAGAAAUAUUGUAACAAGUAAGAUGAAUGCAUUCAAAAUUUGACCUCAUCAACAUGUAUUUAAUGUGACAAAAAUGAAAGUGCUCAUUAUUUAGAAGGGAUGGUUUCAGAAUUAUGUGUCAUUUUGCUGCAUUAUUAUAGUGUGCUUCUUUAAAUAUACCACCGUGUAGCUUGUGAAUUAAUUCUUUGGAAUGCUUUACAUCUUACUACUUUACAUGUUAUCUUAAUCUUUAUUACAAUGCAGUGAUAUGAAAACAUUUGCCUCUGAUAUGCUGUCACAUAUCAUCCAUACCUGAUGUGGAAGCCAAAUUCUGGUUCAUGUGCUAACUAACGGGAGUUCAGAUAAAAGGAGAGGACAAACAGGGUGAAAGGUGGUGAGCAGAGGUCUUCUAUAAAAGCCAGGUAGUUCAGAGCCAGACUGUGGCAGCAGACAGGUGAACCAGCAGAGGGCUGUUGAGAAUCCAGGUUUAAUCCAGAAUGCAAACUCUGGUAACUUUGUGCGCUCUUCUCCCGCUCCUCCUUUCUGUGCAUGCAGAUGUUGUGGAACGUUUUGAGGAUGAGCCAGAGUGUGUGAAAUACUUUUAUAAAGAGAAGGUGCCAGAGUGGGGAGCUUCUACACCUGGAGCUGCCCGCCUCUGUCAGCGCUUUGUCAACAGGUACCACUUUGCCACGCUGUAUGACACCAACCAUCGCAUCGCUGUCUACUCUGCCUACCAGUUCCAGCCCAGUAAUGGAGGUGGCAGAGAGAGCAGGUGGUUUGUGGAGCCUCAGCUGGUCAGUAAGUCCUGGCAAGCAGAGAUGACGUAUAGUGACUCGCUGGGGAAGAACUACCCUGGGGUUUACCUCGGAGAGAAACAAGCUCUGAAUGAGGACUUUAUACGCUCUGGCUUCGACCGUGGUCACCUCAACCCCAAUGGACACCAUGCAGUUCCUAGUCGCAACGCCACCUUCACCCUGACCAACGUGGUCCCUCAGAACCCCAAGCUGAAUCAGAACUCCUGGAGGAUCCAUGAGUCCGACCUCACAAACCUUUUCAAAGCCAAGUGCUCCAAGGCCUUUGUGCUGGUUGGUGCCGUUCCCUCUGCAGAAAAUUGGAUUGUCAAAAACAAUGUGAAGCGUGUCAACAUCCCAGACUACCUGUGGAACGCCUACUGCUGUGUGGACAACAAUGACAAACCCAUUCAGAGUGGUGCUGCCACAGCAAGAAACACAGAUGACGACAAGGUGGAGAAGCUCUCUCUGGUUGAACUGGGAGAAUUCCUGCAGCAGUUCUCCGAUGAGCCAGUAGGAGAGCUGUUUUAUAACGACUGCAGAGCAUAAGAGGAGGAAAGUUGUCACACAAUAGAAUUCUUAACAGGCUAAGCAAGAAAAAAUUGUGUUAAUAGUGAUUUAAAUGAGUGAUUUGUUGUCCCUGGAAUAGCCAUCAGACUCUUAUCUGAGGCUGCACACAUGUUAAUAGAAGGAAAUCAAAAAUAUUCUGGAUAAUGUGCUGAAGAACCAAAACAUCCUGAAAUAAAACUUUAACCUGUUGAUGCAUCUCAA